AUGAAUCAGCUACCAGUGGAUCUGUUGUUCGAGAUUGUCGAUUAUUUGAAUCCAAAAGAACGGCAACGGUUCGCGGAAACGAAUCUCUGUCAUCGGUAUCUUUUCCCCCUCCCAUUGAUUCUCAAAAUAACGUCCAAGUCUAGUGGAUCCGCCCUGCAGGAACGAUUCUUUGUAUCCUCUCGCAACGAUCCGCAAACCAUGCUCUUGGAUCACGAAGAAUUGAUAUUUGAACAAGAUUAUCUGUUUUGGGCUUUUGAUUACGAACGAGGAAAUCGAGUCUAUUUGAGUCGACACGGCCAAAAGCUUUUGAAUACAGAAUACACACAAUACAUGUUCACCAUGGGGCUGAGACCAAAACAUCCAACCCAGUUUGUCCGGAUCAAGGGCGGUGAAGCGGGCACCAAAGUUGGUUUGGAAGACAGCAUCGGACUGGACAUUGGAGGCACCUCCAACAUAAAACACACGCCCGAUUCCAAAGAUCGAAUGUAUCUGUCAUCGCAAGCCUUGACAAUGGGUGCCUUGUGGUAUGCUAUACAACAAAAGUGGGGAAAUUAUGAGAAAUUGCAACUCUACAAGUGUCAAAACUAUCAUGCUCAAAAACAUUGCACGGCCACAACCAUCACUAAUAAUCAUAAGCAUCAUCAGCAUCAUCAGCAUCAUGGCCAGCCGCAGGACGACCGAGCGACACCCUUGAUCAUCCAUGCCAUUCCCGACAUUUGCGACGGACUUUGUUCACUCUACAGCCCGAAAAGUCUAAAAGAUGGACGAGCUGCCUGCGAACUCCAUCACAUCAAUAUCAAAUUUCAUUUCUGGGUCCUUGGUGGUCUUUUGUGUUUCAAAGCAAACAUGUCGUCAGUUCCAUUUGCCUUUGGAGUGCCCAUGUUGGAGGAGGAUAAGGCUGGUGGAAUCAAGGAUCCUACUGUCGAUUGUCUCAAGGUACUAUUGAAAAAGAACUCUUCGAGGUGGUGGGCCGUCAAGCAUUACAUGUCGGUUGCGGCGAGCAUUCAAAGCGGAAAUGUCAUUAAGAUUGAAGAUUUCAUGCGGACGGUCAAGGAUCACGAGGACCAUACCAUAAUACGAGACGACUCCAAGAAUCUCGUUUACAUUCAGGUUCAAGAUGCCGUUGUGGAGAAUGGAAUUGCGGACCAUCCAAAGAACGAAAAUGAAGUUUGGGAAUUUAUGUUUUGUGGAUCAUAA